UUCCUUGUUACAUACAUGGUUAGAUCAUUCAGCCCCUAGAUUCCUUCUCUGUAUGUUAGAUUUUCUUUUAUGUAACUUUAGUCUUGUUCCUGGUUCUUCCUCCAUUGAAAUGUUAUUAUUCAUCAAUGUUUUUUUCUGAAACUUUUGUCCUUCAUCAAUGUUGAAAAGAUCAAUUUAAAAAAAAAAAUUACAGCAAUGUUCAAGUUUAACCGUUAAUCAGUUUGAUUACCUUAAGAAAUGGUCUUCAACAAAUGUUCACAUUUAUUUUGUUUAUUUGUUCAAAUGCAGGGAUCAUUGUGUUGAUGAUUGUUGUUUCUUAGAAGAGAAAUGAGCAAUUAUGCAGCCAGACUCGGCCAGCCUGCCUCAGGUAAAAGGAGAAUAAAAGAUCUUUUGAAACAACCUGAUAACCGAGUCUGCGCUGAUUGUUCCGCUCCUGAUCCCAAAUGGGCAUCAGCAAAUAUUGGAGUCUUCAUUUGCUUAAAAUGUUGCGGUGUGCACAGAAGCCUCGGCACUCAUAUCUCAAAGGUCUUGUCUGUGACACUUGAUGAAUGGUCUGAUGAGGAAGUCGACUCCAUGAUUGAAAUUGGAGGAAAUGCUUCUGCCAAUUCUAUUUACGAAGCUUUUGUACCUGAAGGAAGCUCUAAGCCUGGUCCUGAUGUUAGUCAUGACCAGCGUAUGAGAUUCAUUAGGUCCAAGUAUGAACUCCAAGAGUUUCUGAAACCAAGCUUGCGGAUAACUUCAGGGAAAGCUUGCUCAACAAAGAAACCAUCUUUUCUUAACUCAAGUAUUUCUACAAAGUUCAUGGAUAGUUUUCGCGCAAAUUCAUCAUCAAAGAAGAUAUUUGAGGAAGGAAUGGUAGAGUUUAUUGGAUUGUUGAAGGUGACCGUUAAGAAAGGUACUAACUUAGCAAUCAGAGACAUGAUGUCAAGUGAUCCAUAUGUGGUGUUAAAUCUAGGGAAGCAAAAACUUCAAACAACAGUUGUGAAUAGUAAUUUGAACCCAAUAUGGAAUCAAGAACUCAUGUUGUCUGUUCCUGAGAGCUAUGGUCCAGUGAAAUUGCAAGUGUAUGAUUAUGACACAUUCUCUGCUGAUGACAUAAUGGGAGAAGCUGAACUUGAUAUCCAACCUCUUAUCACAUCUGCAAUGGCUUUUGGGGAUCCUGAGAUGUUUGGGGAUAUGCAGAUUGGGAAGUGGCUGAAGUCGCAUGAUAACCCGCUUAUAGAUGACAGCAUCAUUAACAUUGUUGAUGGGAAAGUGAAGCAGGAGGUUCAGAUCAAGCUUCAGAAUGUAGAGUGUGGAGAGUUAGAGCUGGAAAUGGAAUGGUUGCCACUUGAACAAUAAUAUGCAAUAGGUCCCAUUGUGUAUUAAAUUAUAAUUUGCACACUUUUGUUGGAACACUUUUAGAUCUUCCCACAGGAGACUCUUGUUUGUAAUAUUUUUUUUCCGAUGGUUAUAUUUUACAGAGUACACAUUGUAUUA